AUGACCACGAGAAGCACUCGAAGCAACAUGAGCGCCAAGGAGAGAAUGACCGACGGAGACGUCUACGUCUUCCUCCUCCAGGUAGCCUAUCACCAUUACGUCGGCCAGUCCCGAGCAGAGGCCAAGGCGGCAAAAGCGCGGGAAAGCCUAUCGGGCCCAAGCUCUUCCUCGACCGGCUCGUCAAAGAAGACGUCAGAGGGAGGUGGUCGCGGCGAUGCGUGGAUGAGCCUGUCGGGCCUGGCCGACAUGGUCCGCGACGUGGGCGGCUCGUCGUCCAAGGCGGCGCGGUUCCCAGAGAAGCUCAUCAAGCGCCUCAACGACCGCCUUGAGCUGAUCGCCAUGGGCCGCGAUCCCAACUUCAAGGACCAGUCGCUGCGGCAAACGAUCGGCAUCUUCUACGGCACUUUCAAGGAGGCGUCAUUCCAGAAGCAGAUGAAGGAGAACCGCAAGAUCGAGGAGCUCAUCCUGAUCUUUGUCACGACGGCGCAAGGCAGCCUCAAAAAGCGGCUGCCGGGCGACGAGUGGAAGGAGGAGCUCAACAACCAAGUAGGCCACUUUGUUCGCAUCAUCCGCGACUGCCUCAAGACAGUCAGCGGCGUCCCGCGGGAGCUGACGGAGCGGCUCGAAGGCUACUCUGCCAAGCUGGUGCCGACGACGUCGGCGGACCAGAACGGGACGAGCGCACCAACGCACAAGGCGCCGGCGAUGGCCGCAGUCUCUUCGGCGGACCGGAGCCGGCGGGCGAGCUCGGCGAGCACUCUGGCCGUUGCCAGCAAUCCGGUCGGCGAUUCGGCCCUGAUCCAGACGGUCGGCAGGCUGUUCAACGUCGACCCCGACCAGCUCGCGCGCGACGUCGACUUCGUCAAGAAGACGUGCACCGAGCACGCCGCCAUGACCGACCUCAAGCACUGCGUCAAGAACAUCAACCUCCAGCAGCCCUGGCCAGGGCGGCGCGAGGACUUUGAGAGCGACGAGGCCUACGCCAAGUGGCGGACGCAGGAGCUCUCGACGCUCUCGCAGAUGAUGAUGGACAUGUGCUCUCUCAACCCGGAUCUGCUCAAGAGCACGUCGCAGGACGUGCCCGGGCUCAAAAAGGCCGAGCCCGGCGGCGGCGGCGGCGGCGGCGGGCGGCCAGAGUCGAUCGCCACCGCCCCGGCCGAGGUGUCGGCGGCCUCGGCCAACGGCGGCCCGGCGCCCGACGCCGAGACGCUGAGCCAGACGGUCGACGACAUCGACGAGGAGACGUUCGGCUCCAUGGUCUACAUCCCGCCAGAGCCCAAGGCCUACUACAAGCGGACGCUGGAGCUGUGCAUCGACUAUGACCUCGAGCAGAUCAAGCACCAGCCAGAGGAGGAGGAGGUGUCGCUCAGCAUCCUCUCCAAGCACCACAUCGACCUGCUCGACGAGUGUGCCAAGCGGUGGCGGCUGAUGGUGCCCUACCGCGCCAUCGCAAACCUCGACGUGAUCAAGUACAAGUACGACCGCGGCGAGGUGCCGCUCGACUGCAUCUCGGAGGCGCUCGGCACGGUGCAGCGGUUGCUGGCCGACGACGACCCCGGGGCGUGGAUGCUGGCGGAGCGGAGGCUGCUCGUCCGCGUCUACUCGUCCCUCUUCGAGAGCUUCGUCCGCUUCCUCUACGAGACCUUCCAGGACAUCCACAACGUCGAGCCCGAAGAGGUGGAGCCAUACUUUUCCAUGAUACAGGAACUUCACCAGUCCGGCCACGUGCGCGCCGACAAGGACCUGCAUCGCGAGCCGGUCGAGCUCGAGCGGCACGUCGAGGAGCUCAAGGACGCCAUCCGGAUCAUGGCGAUCCACGAGUACACGGCCAAGACGACCGAGCUCUUUUCGCAGAUCGUGGCCAACGAGGUGGUCCCCCUGGUCCAGCUCAUCGACUGGCUCGAAAAGGGCGCGCAGCGGAUCGACAAGCGGUACCCGGAACCCGUGCUGGGCUCCAUCGACCCCGUCUCGCUGGUGCUCGAGAAGCAGGUGCCGCUCUACCUCGACGACCUCGACUCGAUGCGAGGCCAGAUUGUCGAGCACGCCACGCGCGAGACGGACCCGCUGGCGUUCGAGGACAUAUUUGCGCUGUACAAAAAGGUCAAGGCGCUGCUCAAGAUGCACGAGGCCUUCUGCCCAGGGAGCGAGGUGACCUUCAGCCUCACCGACUGGUUCGAGCCCCACAUCCGCCACUGGCUCGUCAACACGGAGCGCAAGACGGGCGAGUGGGUGACCAACGCCAUCGCCACUGACGGCUUCACGCCGAUCGACAGCGACGGCGCGGCCCACAGCAGCUCGAUCGACGACCUGUUCGGCGCGCUCCAGCAGCCCGUCGACUUUAUCCAGUCGCUCAAGUGGCCCGACAAGUACCAGAACGCGCGGUUCCUCACCUCGCUCGCCAAGAUCAUCAGCCGGUCGAUCGAGCAGUACUGCAGCCGCGUCGAGGAGCUGUUCAUGGAGGAGAUGUUCCCGCGCACCGCCGAGAGCCAGGAGGCGCAGCAGAAGCAGUCGGCCUGGAUGGUCAAGGCGCGGCAGACGAUCUCGGGCGAGAAGAAGGUCGAGCCCUUCCACUUCCAGGACGUCUCGUGCGUCAAGCUCAACAACAUCGAGGCCGCGCGCGUUCUGCUCGACAAGCUCUACAACAAGAUCGACGCCGACAAGCAGAGCGAGAUUGUGAGGCAACACGCGCCCGAGGUGCCCGACAAGGUGCAGCGCGACCGCUUCAUCUUUUCCAUCAAGAUCGUGCUGGGCGAGAACCUGCAGCCCAUCCGCGACUCGAGCGCCAACGCCCGGAUCGACUCGUUUGUCACGCUCAGCGACGAGCGCGGAAAGAAGAUUGCCAAGACGCGGACCAUCUACGAGACGUCGGAGCCGCGGUGGGACGAGGUGUUCGACGUCCAUGUCGAUCAGUCCAUGUGGCUAGCGGCGACCGUGUGGGACCGCAAGCUGGUGGGCGACCACAACCUGUGCGGCCGCGCCUACCUGCGGCUGGAUCCGCGCUACUUUGGAGACUUCCUCUCGCACGAGCUCUGGCUCGACCUCGACACGCAGGGCCGCCUGCUGCUGCGCGUCAGCAUGGAGGGCGAGCGCGACGACAUCCUGUUCUACUUUGGGCGUGGCUUCCGCUCGCUCAAGCGGGCAGAGAGCGACAUGGUCCGGAUCAUCGUCGACAAGAUGUCGAUGUUUAUCCGGCAUUGCCUGUCGCGCACGGUGCUCAAGACGCUGGUCAAGACGAGCGGCAUCAACCUCGACAAGGCUCUGGGCAACGUCAAGGCGCUCUACGCGUCGGCGCUGGCGAGCACCACGGCCAACGCCUCGAUGAUCCCGCCAGUCGAGUCGGAGAAGCCCAAGAACCGGCCGGCGCAGCUGUCGGACCACGAGAUCGAGGCGGCCAUCACACCGCUGCUCGACUACCUCGACGAGUGCCUGGGCACGCUCAAGAGCAGCCUGAGCGAGGAUGAGGCGCAGCUGGUGCUGACCAAGGUGUGGAAGGAGGUGUUGAACAUCAUCGAGGGCAUCCUCGUUCCGCCGCUCUCGGACGCGCCCUCGGACAUGCACCAGCUGAGCGACAAGGAGGUCGACAUCGUCUUCAAGUGGCUCGGCUUCCUCAAAAACUACUUCAACGCCUUUGACGCCGAAACCGGGGUGACGCACGGCGUGCCGCUCGACGUGCUGCAGGGCCCCAAGUACCGCGAGAUCCUGUCGUACCUGCUGCUGCACGACCAGAGCACCGACGAGCUGAUGAUGGAGUGCGUGCGCGGCAUGCAGGCCAAGCUGAGAAAGGCGCCGACGCAGCGGUCCAAGAACAAAUCGGUGCUCAACCAGCGCUCGCUCGGGACCAUCAAGAAGCGGAAGCAGGAGAAGAAGGACGAGGAGUCGACGUCCAACACUGACAUGGCCAUGAAGAUCCUGCGGAUGAGGCCGGGAACCGGCGACUUCCUGACACAGCAGAUGGCGACGAUGAACACUUUGACCCAGGCCGUCGGCGGCUCACCAGCGCGGGCACGGCCGGCCGAUCGCCGGCGCGAGUCUCGUCUGCCGCCCGGCGCCAACUCGCCGCUGCCACCGGUGCCCGGAGGUGCCGUCUACCGCGAUUCGAAGCAGUACUAUCGCUGA